CCUCAUCGUACACGUCACGAUGCCUCUUCAGCCCCUGUCAUGUAUUCAUUGCCGUGAGCAAAAGCGCAAAUGCUCACGAGAAACUCCCACCUGUAGUCGGUGCCACCAGUUGAGGUUCGACUGUGCGUAUCCGUCCAGGUGGCGCGGACGUCGACUAGAACCGCGUGGCCCAAACAGCUCGGGCAACAGAAAUGCGUUAUCGAUCACCACCAACGGAUAUCUGAUCGCUAAGGCUGCUGGACUGGAACUAGUGGAUGCCUACUGUGUACUCUUUAUCCCAUCAAGUUUUAUCUGUCACCCUUCCCGACUGAAAGCUCGAUACAAUGAUGGUAAUCUUCCGAGCUGUGUGCGAGACUCUGUUUUCGCCAUGGCAACUCUGUUGCGAUCUGCAACCACGAUAGGUCUAGCGAGCGACACCCGAUCCACGUCAGGAGCAACACAUCCAGGAGAGAUCUGGGCGCAACAAGCUAGCACGACUAUUAUUAAUCAGAUCAACCGGCCAUCCUUGGAUACUAUUCAUACCCUGCUUAACCUGAUUGCUUACUGGUCUGCAGUGGGUAGAACACAAAAAUGCAGGGAACAUGCUAGUGAGCCCAGUGUCUAGUAUAUCUACCCGAGAGAGCUGUGUUGACCGACCGGUUUGGCAGAAAUGGCGUUGACCUCCAUUCAGCAACUGCGGUUGCAAGGACUAGCCUCGCCUAUCAAUAGGCCCGGUGAACUCGAGCGGUCUUCCUUCUUUGUAGGCAUGAUCAGCCAAUGCCUCACGGAUGACAGUGAAUGGGCAGCUCCCAGCACUCCACUCUCCUUAGACGGCCCAUCGCCGUCCUCCGAAAUCGACCGACAUAGUCCUCUCAGGGGACAGAUAUUGAAAUUCAUUGAACACUGG